AUAUUAGCCCUACUACUAUUUUCAUUAACAAUUUCUAAAGUUUCAUUCAUGUAUUUUUGACGUUCUCUUUCGUGUGUGUCCCUCACCCUAUCCGCCGGUUCACGGCGUCACUUUCUUCAGAGCAGAGCAGAGCGGAGGAGAUUCGAGAUACCAUGAGUUCUUCUAAGUCGAGCAUCUCCACGUCUUCCCCCAAACGCCUCCUAUUCGACCGGCGUUAUGGUUGGGUGAUUGACGAUUGGAGAGAUCCUUCAGAAGAAGCUUUAGCUGGUGGCCGAGGAAUGUUUUGCGCAUUGCCUCUGGCAAAAGCUUUGUUAAAAACGGCUUCUCAAUCGAUUAAUCUUGUGACAUUCUCAACAAUCAAAGUUCUUGAGAAGCCUGACCUGCUCCAUCCUCGGGCAUUGCAAGCUUGCCUUGAAGAUCACUUUCACAAAUUAAUAUCUUCUGUGCAACAGCCAGAAUUCAACUUGUUUGCCAUCAAAAGAGAUUCCCCAUUACAUUUCACUGGUUGCUCUUCAAAUCUUCCAGUGGAAAGAUGUGAAUCACGAAAUAGCUAGGACUAACAUUCUUGGCAUAGAAAUAGGAAUUAUGCUCAUUUUAAUCUGUUCACAUGAAAUUUCAUAUAUCCUUAUUGCAAUCACUAUUAGAUGUGUGACCAUAUGUCUCAAGUCGGUCAUAUAUGGCUUAAGUAUUGCAGAAAAUGAAUUACAUUGCAAACGACCUGGCGUUAUUUAUGAUGGCAGUGGUGGCAGUGACACGGGCGUGUUGAUUGAGGCAAUGGAUCUGCUUAAUAGAUUUGAGUGAACUUUAUUUUGAUUUGUGUAUGGGUAAAACUUUUGGGGAAAGAGUAAAUAGCAUGUCCUUGUCUGCUUCUCAA